AUGGCUCUUAAACUGACAUUAUCGCCCCGUGGUGUUGUCCUUCUGGUUUGUGUAAUCAAUAUCGUCUCAUCAUCAUCCUUAACUGAUGGUGCUUCCAAGACAAACCCCAUGAAACCUCCGCGAUUGGCCAUGACACUUAUCCACCCAGAUUCCAUUCAUUCUCCUCAUUACAACCUGAACGCCACCGCUUAUGAUUUAGUUGAACGUGCCAUUAAUGCUUCAAUUGCGCGCAUUCGCUCCUUGAGCAAACGAGUUGCUGGUCCACAUGACUACGCUUUCCGUGCCAAUCUUAUUGCCGAUACCAGAGGAGUCACGUUCCUCGUGAAAAUAUCCAUCGGCACACCACCAGCACCACAGCUCUUACUCAUCGACACUGGAAGCAGCCUCUUAUGGUUUCAGUGCAUACCUUGCAUCUCCUUCUUUAAACAAUCUCUACCUCUCUUCGAUCCCGCCAAAUCCUCAUCGUACUCCAACAUACGUUGCAACUCCACUGCAUGUGAUCUCUCUACAGGCGAGUGUGAUCGCAAUAAAGAAUAUUGUACUUACAGUUAUACAUAUGUUGACGGAACCGGCACACGCGGUAACCUUGCAUCUGAAAAAAUGACUUUCGAGACAUCUGAUGAGGGAACAAUGGUAAUACCAAUUAGAGUGAUCGGGUGCGGUCAUGAGAAUAGUGGCAGCGUUGAUGGGCAAGGAACUGGCAUAUUAGGGUUAAGUUACCAUUAUUACUCAUCUCUUAUUCCACAGGUAGUUUCGAAAUUUUCCAUCUGCAUAGGCGACAUACAUGACCCACAGUAUCAGUAUAAUCAAUUGGUCCUCGGGGAUGAUUCAGUGCUCGAAGGCAAUUCCACAACCCUCGACAUGUAUGGGGGUCAGUAUUACGUGAACCUCCAAGACAUAAGCGUCGGAGAGACAAGGCUAAAGAUCGAUCCCGGAGCAGUCAAAAGGGACCCUUGGGGACAUGGCGGAGUUACUUUAGACUCAGAAUCAGGACUGACAUGGCUGAACGGACAUGGGUAUGUCCCACUGCAUAAUGAAGUUCAAAGAUUGCUGGACCCACGCCUUCGUCGGGAGAAAUACGGGCAUGAUCCGGAGUUCUUAUGCUAUGUGGGGACCAUGCAGAAGGAUCUACAACAGUUUCCAGUCGUGAAGUUUCAUUUCGACGGGGCCGAACUAGUCCUGGACAUCAACGACAUGUUCCUCCAAGUGAAGCCAAAUAUGUUUUGCAUGACAGUGGUUGAAUCGGAUCUCAGACUUCAGGGAUUGUCUCUAAUUGGAGUGUUAGCACAACAGUACCAUAAUAUCGGGUAUGACACUCUAGAAAAGAAGCUCUUCAUUGAAAGGAUAGAUUGUGACCCUCUGGAUCGAGUGAGUGCUAUUUCGUGA